AGGCCUUAUUGUGAAGUUUUCUAAGACGAAAUAAGAAGGAAAAGCGUAUAGAGCCAUAAAACUUGGGACUGUUUGCGAAACCUAUUCUAAGCCAGCAGGUGGCAGGCGUGUACUUCACACGAUGAAAGCAGAGUCAAAUAAAAUAAAGAAGAACAAAACUGUUUUUAAACGUUUUAUUUAAUGUUUACAGAAGGGAAUUUAUGGUUGUAGAUUAUUUGGUUAGGUGCAUCUUUUUUUUGUGGCCUAAAUGAAUAGUUGCUACCUCGUUGUUAACUCGCCCUAACUAUCGCUGUUUAUGGCGUUUAGCUGAUGCUAGCUGACUUUAGCUAUAGCAUCAUGUCACAGCAGGAGCUGUUCCCAGACUCUGCUCAGCAGGGACCUGCUAGUGAUGAAAGGCGCAGUAGAAGUCGUUUGGGACUGGUCAUCACAGGGGUUGUUGGAGGCUCCCUGGUCGCUCUCUAUGCGGUGGCUGCCCCGUUUGUCGCUCCUGCCCUCAGAAAAGUCUGCCUCCCGUUUGUCCCUGCCACCACGGCUCAGGUGCAGAACGUCCUGAAGGUCCUGCAGUCCAGGUCAGGGACUCUGGUGGACAUCGGAAGCGGCGAUGGAAGGAUAGUGAUAGCAGCAGCAAAGUGUGGAUUUCAGGCAUCUGGUUUGGAGUUAAACCCUUGGUUGGUUUGGUAUUCUCGCUACAAGGCCUGGAGAGAAGGAGUUCACCGCUCUACUUCCUUUUAUAUUUCCGAUUUGUGGAAGGCUAGUUUUGCUCAAUAUUCCAAUGUUGUUAUUUUUGGAGUUCCUCAAAUGAUGGAUCAGCUGGAGCUUAAGUUGGCAAAUGAGCUGCCCAGUUCAGCCAAAGUGGUUGCCUGCCGUUUUCCCUUUCCAACAUGGGUUCCUGAAAGCACCGAAGGGGAAGGCAUAGACACUGUGUGGGUGUAUGAUGCCAAAACAUUUCAAUCAGCUCUGAACAGUGGGAAGACAAGAAACACAUCAUUAGAGAAUAAACCAAAUCCUCAUAAAUGAGAUAGUGGGUUGCUGCAUGGACAACAGAUUUUCAAGAUAUGUUUUAAUAGAAAUAAGGCUACAUCAAAGCUGUACC